AACCUAUAUACUGGUGACGAACAGGAGCUGUUUGUGGCCAAACGUAAAGUAUAUUUCGGUUGAUACGUUUUAAAAACAAUGAAACCGUGCUCCGAUAUACGGGCUUGUGUGGGUCUUUGUUGUAGGACAGAGGAGAAACCCGUCUUCCCCACCCCCUAUUUCCUCCGCUGUGACGGAAGUAACGCGUCUCGCUGAGGCCUCAUCCUCCCAAUGGCGACUGAAAACAGGCUGAAUAGAAAGCGGGAGCAACUGUGGAGGGGGUCGGAGCUCUGUAGCCGAAAUUAAAUAAAUAUUUCAUACUCGUUGUUGUAACAAAGUUAGUCUAAAUUCUUUCACCUAUAAAAUCCCGACGGAUUCAAUGGCCAAAAAUCGGAAUAUUUCGCUCCUUGAGUCGGAGCUGUAUUUUCUGAUUUCUCGUUUUCUAACAACGGGUCCUUGUCGAAGAACGGCCGAGAUUCUAGCCAGCGAAAUUCAAGAAUACCAGCUUUUACCCAGGAGAUUAGACUGGCAAGGAAAUGAGCACCCCAGAACAUACGAAGAUUUGGUUGCAGCCCACAGACAUAUUGCACCAGAUCAUUUGCUUCAGAUAUGCAAGCAGCUAGGACCCCUCCUUGACAAAGACGUACCGUCAUGUGUCCCUGGUGUGCAUUCUCUUCUGGGGUCCGGAAAGCAGUCAAUGCUUCGAAAAGCAAAAGACUGCGACAGUGUCUGGCUGAAAGCCUCGUCAUAUGCAGCCCUUCACAGGGGCAGACCACCGGAGAGGCCUUUGAACUCCAAGAAGCCCCCACACCUAGUGGAGGUGUGCAGGGGAAGAGAACUAACAGGAUGUCAGAGAUUCAGCUCCAUCAACCCUGUCAGCAACUAUCAGCACAUGAGGCUGCACAGGCGCAUUCUGGGACAUCUAUCUGCAGUGUACUGUAUUGCAUUCGACCGUGCCGGCCUCAGGAUCUUCACUGGCUCAGACGACUGCCUGGUCAAAAUCUGGUCGUCCUUCGACGGGAGUCUCCACUCCACGCUGCGCGGACACUCUGCAGAGAUCACAGACCUGGCGGUCAGCUACGAGAACACGCUGAUCGCAGCGGGCAGCUGUGACAAGACCAUCCGCGUAUGGUGCCUUCGUACCUGUGCCCCUGUGGCCGUGCUCCAGGGGCACAGUGGAUCAAUUACCUCCCUACAGUUCUCACCAUAUGCCAAGGGCUCAAAACGUUACAUGCUUUCUACUGGAACUGAUGCUACUGUCUGUUUCUGGCAGUGGGAUGUCAAUAAUAUCAACUUUAGUGAUCGGCCGCACAAGUUUAUAGAGAGACCAAGGCCGGGAGUACAGACCGUGUGCUCCUCAUUCAGUCCAGGCGGUAUGUUCUUGGCAACGGGCAGCACAGACGAUGUCAUCAGAAUAUACUUUUUGGGAUGUGGGAAUCCCGAGAAAGUGUCGGAGCUCCACGAGCACACAGACAAAGUGGACAGCAUCCAGUUCUGCCACUCGUCAGAAAGGUUCGUGAGCGGGAGUCGGGAUGGAACGGCGCGGGUCUGGAGGCUCCACCACCGGCAGCAGUGGAGAUGCAUUCUGCUGAACAUGUCGGACACUCUUCCAGGUGCUGAUGCGACCACCGGAGAGGACAUGUACUUCAAGCCCAAGGUCACCAUGGUGGCUUGGGAUCGCCAUGACAACACGGUCAUCACGGCCGUCAACAACCACAUCCUCAAAGUGUGGAACUCCUACACGGGGCAGCUGCUACACAUCUUAAAGGGCCACGAGGCGGAGGUGUUUGUCCUGGAGCCCCAUCCCUUUGACCCCCGGAUCAUCCUCUCCGCCGGCCACGACGGCAGUGUCUUCAUCUGGGACCUGCAACGAGGAGUCAAGACGCAGCAUUACUUCAACAUGAUUGAGGGCCAGGGUCAUGGAGCCGUGUUCGACUGUAAGUUCACCCCCGACGGCCAGCGCUUCGCCUGCACAGACUCCCACGGCCACCUGCUCAUCUUCGGCUUUGGGAGUUCCAAGCCCUACGAGAAGCUUCCAGAGCAGGUGUUCUUCCACACGGACUACCGGCCGCUGAUCAGAGACGCCAACGGCUUUGUGCUGGACGAGCAGACCCAGCAGGCGCCCCACCUGAUGCCCCCGCCCUUCUUGGUGGACGUCGAUGGGAAUCCGCACCCGCCCAGGUUCCAGCGACUUGUCCCAGGGAGAGAGAACAUCUCGGCCGAGCAUCUGGUGCCCCAGUUGGGCUACGUCGCCACCAGUGACGGCGAGGUGGUGGAGCAGGUCAUCAGCCAGCAGACCUCGGAUCACGAGGAGACGGCGGCGCGACGCAGCGCUCUCGAUGAGGCCAUCCGCCAGCUGCAGCAGCAGCAGGACCAGGCCGGGGGUACGGGGGGUACGGGUGGCGCUGGUGGUGGAGCCCAGGUGGUGGGACCGGCGGCGGCGGUGAGGCAGGCCGCAGUAUCUGAUGACCAGGCUCUGAUGCCUGCCCCGGCAGCCCCGAACACGCCACGCAGAGCAGCGUCGGUGAACGACCGUGCCGAUGUGCAGUCGCCGCCCAACGUGGGCCUGCGUCGCAGCGGGCAGGUGGAGGGCGUCCGCCAGAUGCACCAGAACGCCCCGCGCAGCCAGAUGGCCACGGAGAGGGACCUGCAGGCCUGGAGGCACCGCGUGGUGGUGCCUGAGCUCCAGCCCAGUGGCUACAGGGAACAGGACGACUUCAGGACAGCCAAAGGAGAAGAAGAGAUUGGCUUGUACAUCGCCAGGAAGAGAAGGGUGGCCUACGGCAGCUUUCGGGACGACUCUGAGGAAGAGCUGCCCUCUGUGAAGCGAGCGCAGGCCCGCAAGAAGCAGAGGCACCAGGCAAUCUUCGGCUCUGACAGUCCCGACCGAGUGGAGGCCUUCCUGGACCUGUCCUGCGAGGAAGGAGAGGAGACCGCCAGCUCAGAGGAAAAUGAAUUCGAUGGCAGUGCACUGGAUACAUCAAAUGACGAGGAGGAAUGGCACAGCGAGAGCCCAAGCCACACAUCCAGCGACUACUCUGACUGGACGGCAGACGCCGGGAUCAACCUGCAGCCCUCGACUCCCUUGUCGUCACGGAAACGGGCACGCCGGCCGCUGAGCAGCUCGGAGGAGGAGGAGGACGCGGCGGCGGAGGACGAGGAGGAGAAACGGCAGAGCGAUGAGGAGUCAUCUGGAGUGAAGAAGAGCAAACAGAAGGCCAGGAAGCCCAAAAGCAAGGCGCCAAGGCGCCCUAAACCCAGGCCAUCGAUUAACCGAGAGGUGUCCAACGAGUUCAGACCCUCCCUGUGGAUCACUGACGUCAUUCCCCGGAAGUCUCCCUUUGUCCCCCAAAUGGGAGACGAGGUGAUCUACUUCCGACAGGGCCACGAGGCUUAUGUGGAAGCGGUGAGCCGCAACGCAUUGUACCCUAUUAACCUGGAGAAGCAGCCCUGGAAGAAGAUGGUGCUCCGGGACCAAGAGUUUGUGAAGAUCACAGGGAUCAAAUAUGAAGUGUGUCCUCCGACGCUCUGCUGUUUAAAGCUCACUCUGAUUGACCACGGCACAGGAAAGAUCACAGACAAGUCCUUCUCUGUCAAGUAUCAUGACAUGCCGGAUGUGAUCGAUUUCCUUGUGCUGAGGCAGAACUAUGACGAAGCCCGGAGAACCAACUGGAAACCAGGUGACCGCUUCCGCUCUGUGAUUGACGACGCCUGGUGGUUCGGGUCCAUCGUGUGUCAGGAGCCUUAUCAGGCCCCCUACCCAGACAGCCACUUCCAGUGCUUUAAAGUCAAAUGGGACAAUGGAGAGACGGAGAAGCUGAGCCCUUGGGAUAUCGAGCGGAUCUCUGACAUUGACCAGCGGCCAGAGACGGACGGCGGGGGCAUCCCCGUGACGGCAGAGGAGAUGAGCGAGCUCAUGUACAAGCCCCUCGAUGGGGAGUGGGGCGACCGCUGCAGGGAUGAAGAGUGCGAGCGCAUCAUCGCCGCCAUUGACCAGCUCAUCACUGUCGAGAUCGCCGCUCCCUUCUCGGGCCCGGUGGACAUCGUUCAGUACCCCACCUACUGCACUGUGAUCGCCUACCCCACCGACCUGGGCACCAUCCGGCUGCGGCUCAUCAACAGGUUCUACAGACGGCUCUCGGCGUUGAUUUGGGAUGCACGGUACAUCGCACACAACGCCCGCACCUUCAACGAGCCGCGAAGCAAGAUCGCCCAUUCCGCUAAACUCAUCACCAAUGUCCUCCAAAAGUUUGUCAAUGACCCAAGUUGCACAGAUAUCAUGGAGAUUUACAAUGCAGUGGAGGAAAUGGAUGAUGACGAUGAGGAUGAUGAAGCAGAGGCACCAGGCACUUCGACCGGUCAUAGGUUGCGUCAGCGCUCGGAGGAGGUGCUGCCGGACCGAGAUGCCUGGAAGGGACAGUGCAAGAGUCUGAUCAACUACAUCUUCGACUGUGAGGACUCUGAGCCCUUCAGACAGCCCGUCAACCCCAACAACUAUCCAGACUACCUGGAUAUCAUCCAUGCCCCCAUGGACUUCGGCACAGUAAAGAGGGUCCUUGAGGACGACCGCUACGACAACCCCAUCGAGCUCUGCAAGGACACGCGGCUCAUCUUUGCCAACGCCAGAGCCUACACGCCGAACAAGCGAUCCAAGAUCUACAGCAUGACCCUGCGUCUGUCGGCCUUCUUCGAGGAGCGCAUCAGGAGGAUCCUUUCGGAGUACAAGACUGCGGUGAAGAGCAGCGAGAGGCUGCGCCGCAGCCAGCGCUUCAGGAAGAAGAUGCAGCAGGGAGAGCCAUCGGGCGUCGGCGCCUCAAGCAGUCAGAAGAGGGCUGCCGUGAAAACUCAGGAAAAAGUGGAGUCGAUGUCUGUGACCAAACCUACCUCAACCAAAGUGUCGGCUCCGGAGAGGGCAAGGAGGCGGAGCCGCAACUCGUCCUCGGACUCCAAAGCAGCGUCUUCGUCACCAGCCUCUGAAAGUGAGUCAGAGGAGGAGAAGCGACCUGGGUCGGCCAGACGCCAGAGAGAGACCAGGGGGAAGGCGCGCGACAGAAGGAUCCCCACCAGGAAAAGAGUUGCAGAUAGCGAGAGUGAGGAAGAGGAGGAGGAGGAGGAAGCCGCCUUCUCCAGUGAACCCGAGGAGAGUGAAGAUGGUGACAGGGUGGCUUCGUCCAACUCCUCCCGUCGCCGCUAUCCCAGCAGGUCGAAGACCAGCAAGAGUACACGUUUGACCAGGACCAGCACUGCCCCCGACCGAAGAAGACCAGCAGCCAGGACUCCUAUGAACGGCCAGGCCGCCAGGUCAUCUCGCCGGGAAAAGUCCCGUCGGCAUGACGACGACAGCCAAGCGUCGUCCCAGGAUGAGGAUGAAGAGGAGAAGGAGGAGCUGGGGGAUCAUGCAGGCCACCGUUUUCUGAAGAGAAAGACGGCCCGUGCUGCCAUCAACAAGAUGAAGCUCCUGGACGCCUCAGACGAGGACUACGAAGAGGAGGAGAAGGAGGCGAAGAAACUGAAGAAGAGCAGUGGUAGCCGCCUGCGACAGACCCCCCGGAUCAGCAAGCGCACCGCCGUCAUCCAGAGCGACUCGGACUCUGAGGACGUAUCCUCUGCACAGGCUUCUCAAACCAAAGAGGAGUCGACGGCCGACUCCAAGGACGAGGAGAGCGACGCCAGCGCGUCCCCAAAACCCCAGCAGAACGGGGACGACAGUCCCAGUAAACACAAGGCAAAGAAGGAAGCAUCCAGGACAGAAGGAAGAGAAGACUCAUCCCAAGUAAACGGUCACAGUGCAAAACCUCAGAAGGCCGACAGUGAUUCUGACCAGCAUGAUGAGGGUUCCAGUGAGGAGGAGGAGUCCAAAGCAGUGGCGGCCUUGUCUCGGACGCAUUCCAAGGUCAAUGCAGCAGCAUCAGCCAGGAGAAGUAAGGUCACUCCGGUUGCAAGCGAGGAGGACGAGGUAGCGGAUACUAAGAGCAGGCCGGUGCGACGCAGGCCCGCUGUGGACUCUGACUCUGAAGACGAGGACUACGUUCCCGAGAAGAACCCGUUUCAGCAAAACGGGAGACGAGCGGCAAGGGAGGACCAAGGGGACAAAUCCGGCGGGAAGGUCAAAGCGCCCCUAAAACGGGACGACGCCGAGUCCGAGGAUCUCAGCGACGCUCCCAAAGGACGGAGGGAGCACCGGAGGGAACCGGAAUCAGAGGAGGAGGAGGAGGAGGACGCCGGGAGCAAUUACUCGGAUGAAGGCCGUAAAAAGACGCAGAGGCACAAAAGUAAAUCCAAACGAUCGCGUGGCACCUCCCAUUCAGAGAGCUCCGAGCAGGAAUACAAACCCAGGAAAAGGCAGAGGAGGAAUCGCUCUGCUGGUUCCUCGGACAAAACUUCUGACGAAGAGCUGGAAAAGCGGCCACGCACCCGAGCCCUGCCCAAAAAGAAAAACAUCAGUGAGGAGUCUGCAGAAGACUCUGCAGAAGACUUUGCCUCCAAGGAUCGUGUGAAACAAAGAAACGGUAGGAUCAGCGCCACCUCCGCUGAAGACACACCCGUGCGCAAGUCCUCAAGGAUCUCCCCCGAUGAAAUUACACGGAAGGCACGUUCUAAGAGGAGGCGCACCUCGGACACCUCGGACUCGGAAGACGGAGACAAAGAUCAGUCGGCCAAGACGAAUAGGAACUCCAAGGAGAUCAGUGCAAAGUCAGGCUCCUCAAAGUCCUCAAAGCCACCUCAAAGGGAGUCUCGUGGGAAACCCAAACCGGAACCCAUUAGCAGUCAGGAAGAGGCCUCCUCUCAAUCGGCUUCGGACGACGAGAAGGACGCAGCCGCCAGCCGCUCGCGGCGAGGGAAGAAGGAUGUGCUGCGGCCGAAAUGCAAGCGGGAGGACGGCUACAGAAGCAACAGCUCCGCCUUGGAGAGCGAGGAGCAGUCCUCCUCCUCAGAACACUCGGUGAGUUCAGGGUCCCACGGCAGCAGCAGCCCCAAGAGGAAGGGCCACAUACGACCGGCCGGAGGCAGCAAGAGGAUGCCGCGCCGGCCGUUGAGGGAGCCAAGCCGAAGGGCCGCCGCCAGGAGGGAGGCGGAGAGCGAUGAGUCGUCCAGCAAUCAACUGCGACGGACUAACGUCACCACGCGGAACCGCGGCAGGCAGAUGGUCACCUACAACGACAGCGAGUGACGAUUGGGCUCUGGGCGCAAGAGGAAAAAGGACACUAACUGGAGAUCUUGAAGACACUUGAUGGACGCGAAACGGUAGUAGCACUGGAGUCCUCUAGAAAUUACUGUGAAUUUGUUUUCAUUCAGGGAUAUUUAUAAUUUCUAUGAAAAAGAAAAAAACGAAAAACAAAACUUGUUUAUAAAUGCAAAAAGCAAUUGAACCAUUUGAACUGCUGCUGGUUUUCACAAGGACCCAGAGCAAGUCCUCCUCCUCCCAUGAUGCUUUUUGUGAUUUAGCCAGCAGGGGUAACCAUUCUGAGGAAUAUUGUCCGCUUGGGUGCUAUCUAAUAUACCUCUGUUUAAUCAAGCAUAUUGCUGGCUUGCACUAAGAUACACUGUAAUGAGGUAUUUCAUACACUAGUUUUGCAUUAGAAACUCAGGGGUCAACUUAGUUUACUGUAGUCUCAGACUUGCAGUUUUGUUUUUUUUGUAAAGUGACUGGCAAGAGGAAGGACAAGAAGCGGGUGUUAAGAAGGGAGAUGUCCAAGCACAUUCACUGGGACAACAAUGACUCACAACCUUGACUACAGCACUCCUUUGUAUACCCACAAAACAUGUUUGCUUGAUGUUAUUGUGUUCAUUCAUAUGAGCCAAAAUGUACAAUAAUUGAGUUCUACUUUUCCCUAAAUUUGAGUACAUUUUGUCAUGUUCCAGUUAAUAAAUGUAUAUAUGAGAUUGAGAAUGAACGUCAAAUGAUUGUUAUAAUCAUUAAGUAGCAAGGUGUUUAUUUACAAAUUGAGCAUUAAUUUUUGUAUGACAGUUGAGUGCAUUGGCUUGCCAUAUGUCACAAAUUGGUACUGUUUUGCAAGUACAAGAUCCUUAAAUGUAUAAAGCAAAACACUGAGAUUUCUCAUAUUGGGAAGACUUUUAUUGUUGUCCUGACUCCUGUGUUAACUACUUUCAGUAUUAAGUUCUUCUUUUUUAGAGUUGAUUUGAAAAUUUUUGCCAGUCACCUGGGAUAGUUUAAUUUUAGGGGAGGUUUCGAAAUGGAGCUGCAUUAUGAACUUUUGUUAAUUUUUUUCCUACUACACGUUUAAUAAACAGUUUUAACAUGAAUUCCUAUAACGCGUUAGGUUGUGAAGCGCAAUCAGUUAUUUCUCUGAUAAAUAAAAUCAUUUCACAGCUUA